AAGGGUGAGAAGCAAGAUUGGUGGUUACAUACAAAGGUGAAGACAAUUUUUCAAGACAAAAUCAAAAAAUUUGCAUUUAUUUUAAGUGUCAAGUGAGUAGGUACAAUGUGAUAUAUUUUCUAAAAACUGUAUGGGCUCAACAUGCAUUUUCUUGCCAUUGGCUACUUACCUGACAUCUGGUGGUAGUAGUCCCAAGCAAUGGUUCAACGGCCCCUGGCUUCGGUAGGCUAGUUCAGGCUCUACUCGCUAGGUGGCAGUGUCAUACAGGUUUCGGCGAUCGAUGCUGACCGGCUGCGCCAGCUCCGACCCAUGUGAGAAGCGAGUACAGUUAUGUGUAGUGCGGCAGGGGUUCGGCGGAGACGCGUGUCCCAGUGCCCGGCUGGUAGUGGCGCGAGCUGUGCGUGAUGUGUGCUUGACAGAAAAAUUUGCGAAACAGCCGGAGACUGCGAUCAAAGCACGGGGGAGCAACUGCGGAGUGAUGCCCAGCACCAUCAGAGCCCAGAUCGAGAUCAUCCCAUGCAAAGUGUGCGGGGACAAAUCGUCCGGCGUGCACUAUGGCAUCAUCACGUGCGAGGGCUGCAAGGGCUUCUUCCGCCGGUCGCAGUCGGGCAUCGUCAACUACCAGUGUCCGCGACAGAAGAACUGUGUCGUGGACCGGAUCAACCGCAACCGCUGCCAGUACUGCCGACUACAGAAAUGUCUCGCUCUCGGCAUGUCACGGGACGCGGUCAAGUUCGGCCGCAUGUCCAAGAAGCAGCGGGAAAAGGUGGAGGACGAGGUCCGCUUCUACCGCGGCAAGAUGGACCUGAGUGAGCGGACCGUGCCGGACUCAUCGGCCUAUCCGGACACUGCACAGAUGCCCACCUCGUCCCAGGAUCCGCUGGGCGCCUACAGCAACUACCAGCCGUACCCCAACCCGAGUGAGCUGGGCGGCCAGUACCCGACCGGCGGCUGCAGCUCCUACUCGACGCCGUUCCCGUUCUCGAUGGACGACGGCGUCGACUCGACGACGCCCUCGUGGCAGCCGCCGAUGGAGGUGAUGUCGAGCACACAGCAGCUGCCAGACAGCGUGCUCAUGGCUACCUUCGGAAACUCAGAUCGGAGUUCGCCCCAGCAGCCGCCGCAGCAGCCUCAGCAGCAGCAGCAGCAGCAGCAGACGUCGCUGCAGCACCACCACCAGCACCAGCCGCCGCCGCAGCAGCACCAGCACCACCACCAGCCGCUGGGCGGUCCGGCGCAGCAGCACCCGCAGCAGGAGCGGCGGCGCGCCGAGGCGGCGCAGAUCCCGCGCGUCAGCCGGCCUCCGGACACUCUAAUCAAAGAGGAGAUGGAGGGCGGGGGCGGCGGCGGCGGCGGCGGCGUGGGGCCGCCCGCCGACCCGUCGGCCGCCGCCGCCGCCGCCGCUGCCGGGCCGGUGGGAUCCGGUCCCGGAGACCGGUCAGCGUCCUCUCGGCCGAGCUCAGCGGCGCCGCGGCUGCCGCCCUCCGACCGGCCGCCCGAUCCCUCGCGAAUCUCUGAUCUUCUCGCCGAAACAGUGACCGACUUCCACCGAAGCACGCUGCUCUAUAGUGACGAGUACAUUCAGGACAUGCUGCGGAGGCCGCAGGAUCUCAGUAAAAUCGCCUGCUUUAGCAAAUUGAGUCAUGAGGACCUAGUGAUGGACGCCGCACAAAAGGUCACAGCCGUCAUCCACAACAUCAUCGACUUCGCUAAGCUGCUGCCCGGCUUCAUGGACUAUUCGGAGACGGACAAAAUCACACUGCUGAAGGCCGGUGCGUUCGAGCUGACGAUAUUACGGAUGACGCGCUACUACGACCUACGUCAGUCGACAGUGCUUUACGGAGACACGGUGAUGCGUAUGGACUUUUUCCUGACCGGAGAUACCACCGAGAUGAAGCUGGUGCAGGAGGUGUUCGAGCUCGUCAGGAGCCUGUGCGAGCUGAAACUCACCGAGCCCGAGCUGGCGCUCUUCUCGGCAUUCUGCCUGCUCUCGCCCGACCGGCCGGGCCUGACGUGUUCGUGCGCCGACGGCGUCCGGCGGCUCAACGAGGAGCUCCUCAAGGCGCUUAGGAUUCAGCUGGAGAGAUCGCACCCACUGCCAGUCAAGGGCGACGUCACUGCCUUCCAGAUGCUCCUCUCCAAGGUGCACAGCCUCAGGGAAGCUUCUGCCACACAUUUGGAGGUGAUCACCAACUUCAAGCGGAUGGCGCCGCACCUGGAGUUCCCGGCACUGCACAAAGAACUCUUUACCGUCACCAGUUGAACGCCAGGUGCGAUUGCGCGAUGAUUUAGGAGCUGCCCACCGGCGUCCACCAUUCUGCCAGCCGACACACCAGCCUCUGCACAGCCGCCGACCGCCCGUACACGUCGGUCCUGAUUCGUCUGAUCGUCCAACGGCCGUGGAAACUCACGACCUGAUGGAAGUGACCACAGUCGGUUACGGCGGCCGGAGGUGACGUGUGACGUCAUCAUCGGUCACAGCGUGUGACGUCAUCGUCGGAGGUGGUGUGUGACGUCAUCGCCGGAGAUGAUGUGUGACGUCAUUACCGGAGAUCGCGAGUGCUGUGUGCGUGAGGUCAUCUUCGGAAGGCGGUGUGUAGCGUUAACUACACCGGGUGUAAUCUUACACCACACCGUAGUGCAAUGUUACACAAGUGAGCGUCAUACUACUGUGACUGCGAGGCUGACCGGCAGAAUAUGUGUGAUUGAACUCUGAGCGAGCAUGAUGGCGGCACAAACUGAACAGCGGACAGUGGACACACCCGCCGCCUGACCUGAGAGGACACGUGCGCGCGACGUGUGACCGGUGCACGUGCGCACGCGGCACGGAGCAGUGUGAUCUGAGCGGGCCUGCCGAGGCCGGGCCGGCAGACAGACAGACAUACAGACCAGUGAGCCGCCCCGGCGCCGGCCCGGCGGCCUAUUUAUUACUGUACAUACAGCAAUAGCAAGAUGGUGUUGGGAUCGUAUGCGAACUGCCCGACUCGGCCCUGUUGCCUUCGUUCUGCCGCCGCCGCCCGGCGUCUUGUGUACAGAAUCCGACGACCGGUGGCGAGCCUUUUAAAUUCUGAAUGGUUUUAGCCGUGUUGAUAUCAAUUGCUUCCGCGCUUUGCAUAAUAGCGUAGGCCCGUUAGAAUUGACGCCGCCGCCGCUUUGGCGUUCGCGUGAAAAUACCAGCACAUUUAUUAUUGUUAUUGUUAAAAGUACAAAGAGUUUGGUCCGUCGCGCUGGUUGCUGGUGGGUGUUUGGCGCCGCCCGGCCGCAGGUGGCGCUGCCGGCGCGCCGCAGGUGGCGCUGUCGGCGCAGUAGUUGGCUGUUCUGCCCGUCCGAGCGCAACGCGCCGACCCGUCGGCCGCCCCUCUGCCUUCUCUCGCUCACCAAGGGAGCAGCGCCCCCCGGCCGCGCCGUCCUGUAUAUGCAGCGUAACAGUGUUUCAAGAAUAAACUGGUAUUUUGUAAACAA